UAGAACCAAACAUUAACCUAAAGAUAUAAGAAUUGUUUGCAAAAUGCUGUUACGAUAUAUUGCCACCAGAUGGUAGCAGUAGUCCAGUUAGUUAGAAGAUGACACACCAGUUUUAUCACUGACCACACAGCUACUGUGAAGCCCUAAUGUACACAUAAGAGGAAAUGAUCUGCUUUAAAAGUCAGGGAACUCAUGCGAUAGAUAAAAUAUUUAUUACAGAUUAGAAACGAUAACGAUUUUAUGCGCAUUAUACGUUCUAGGAUAACACAUUUAACAUACAAUACAUCUGUGGCCUUUGGCCUCGCCUCAGGAAUCUGACCAUAAUUUUUCCGCUGAUAAGUGGAGAGGCUGAUUGUAGGAAAGCCAUGGGCAGGGGUUAGAUAGCUGCCCUCCCCCUUAGACAAAGCCAAAAAAACAGGUGGACUGGGGAGGAGUAGGCAAACCCUAACGGACAGCAGGGAGGUAAUGGAUCAGGUGAUGCACAUCCAUGUCCAAAUCAUGUACAUCCCGUGCCUCAACUACCAGUAUACAUUCCACUGCCAACUAUCGAAUCAAUGCCAGCACCACAGAGGCUUGCAGGCUGUCCCCCAGGACUGGAAUAUUUGACACAGAUUGAUCAACUGCUUAUUCAUCAACAAACAGAGCUUAUUGAAAUUCUUCUAGGCUGCGAGAGUAACAACAAAUAUCAAAUUAAAAACAGUUUAGGACAAAAAAUAUUUUUUGCGGCGGAAGAAAAUGACUGCUGUACCCGAAACUGGUGUGGGCCCAUGCGUCCCUUUACCAUAAAGGUCCUGGAUAACUAUGGCCAAGAAGUUUUAACCCUGAGCAGACCUUUGAAAUGUGUUGGCUGCUGCUGUCCCUGCUGUCUUCAAGAGUUAGAAGUACAAGCCCCACCAGGCAAUCCAAUUGGUUAUGUCAUUCAAGACUGGCAUCCCUUAAAACCUAAAUUCACCAUUCAAAAUGAAAGAAAGGAGCCUGUCCUGAAAAUGGAGGGCCCAUGUUGUGAUUGCAAAUGCUGUUCUGAUACUAUCUUUGAGGUGAAAUCUGUGGAUGAAGCUCAUGUAGUUGGCAAAAUCUGCAAGCAAUGGACUGGCUUUUUUAGGGAGACAUUUACCGAUGCCGAUAAUUUUGGAAUACAGUUCCCUAUGGACCUGGAUGUUAAAAUAAAAGCAGUAAUGAUUGGUGCAUGCUUCCUCAUUGACUUUAUCUACUUUGAGGAAAAAUGAUGGCCAAGGUUAACGCUCAUUCUGUAUGUGAGAAUCAAGGUGGUGGGCCCACUGCAUCCAUUUACCUUUUGGGCAUCCAUUUGAGUUCUGCAGUAAGUUUAGUAUGUUGCUGGUAAAUAAUGAUGCUGGCCUGAUGGGAUCCACAAGGAGAAAACAGAAGACAUUUCUCUCCAAAAUGUUACCACAUAGUUUUUAACUUGAAUAGCUAUCCCAUCUAUUGUAUGUUGCUUUUUUAUUAUAAAUGUGUGUUUCUCUUUUUUUAAAAAGGAAAAAAAUUAAUAUAGUACAGCUGUGGCCAAAAGUUUUGCAUCACCCUCUAUAUAGAAUUAACACAUUUUGCUUCAUACAGAUAAGUUAUGUUAACAUAUUGAAUUACAUACUGCUUUGUAGUUUUCCAUAUACUUAAUGAAAAACUGACACAAAUUGAAAAAAUUGACAACAAGAAAUACUAUACUACAAUCAUGGCUUCCAGUAGACUUUUGCAAUAUAAUUUUGUAGUUUCUUUCAUUACAUGAUGUUAACGAAAAGUCUAAAUUUGUUUUUCUUUUUUUUAUUAUUAUUAUUAUGUCUCAAUCCUAAAAUUCUAGCUAAUGCUAAAUUAUAAUAUAAUAAUAAUAAUAAUAAUAAUAAUAAUAAUACUAAUAAUAAUAAUAAUAAUAAUAAUAGCAUCAGUAAUAAAACAAACUUGAAUAAAAUGGAUGCAGUAAUUGUAUCAAUUAAAUAUAUGAUUAAAACCAAGAUUUUUAACCAUUUUUUCAUUGCGAGAUAAAUCACGAUUGAUUUUUUUGACAACCCAAAUUAAAUUUCAUGAAGUUGAAGCAUACUGUCAAGCCUGUGUGGAGUAUCAAAUGCAUUUUAUUGAAACAUCUGUUUUCUGAGAGAUUAAAACCAUGGCUGCAGUAAAAUAAAUAAAACAUAUAUAUUUGAUUGCAGAAAGCAACUGUUGUUGUUGUUCAGGGUCAUUUAUUUUCUAGUGUUAAAAUAUCCCUUUUGCUUUUUAUAAUUGAUCAAUUUUCAAAAUAGGGCCCCAUGUGUUCAAAAUACAUAACACAUAUUCUUAUCAGCACCUUUGCCAGUACUGAACCCAAAGAAAAAACAGUUUUUAGCUUUUAAUUUAAAUAGUUUGAAAUCUGCCAACAGAAGUACUAGAUUACCCUCUCUUCAUUGACCACACAAUUCCGACCCUCUCAAUGUUAAUAAUCAGAGUAGCUCAGUGAAAGAACCCACUUUGCUCAUGCUCAGUGCGCUGCCCAGGUACUUAACACACCCACGUUGUCUGACUUGUAGGUUGUUUUUAUUCAGAGAGUGGCAAGCAAUAUAUUGCAUUAUAUUAAAACCUGUAAUGAGAGUUGAAAAAAUGGCCGAGUACUUGAUGUAGAAUGGAGUGGGACAUUUCAUUCUCCACUAGAUGGCGAUGUUUACUUUGUUUUCAAGGUUUCUUAAUUUUGAACUUUUCCUUAAAUGCCAUGUAUAUUUAAGCUAAAUUUAAACCAAUCCUCCCUCUUCUACAUAUGAAAAAAAUGGGUUUACACAGACUAACUAUUGACUAGUGUCACUAGAGUAACUAGUUUUGUGGGUAACGGCAGACAUUAUCAAAGAACCCUGUGGUUUAUGACCUCAUCAGUGGUCUAUACCAUUUGUGGCUGUGAUAACUCACAAAAGGAGACUUUAGGGCAUGGGGGGCUGGGGUCUAGUCAGUUAGUCUAAGCAGCAGCAAAUCAAAAUAGCAUCAUUGAGUUGUAAACGUUCAUAUUUAAGGCUUUACCCUUUAAGGAUCAAGUUUUGUGAUGUCUGAUCUGCAGAUAAUUACAGUUUAAAACAAGCAACUUUAACUUAGACCAACAAGAUCACUCCAGUCGUUAAUGCAGUAGGCUAGCAAACAGUACAAUACAGUGUGUAGCCAUUUUAUUACAAGUACUCAGUACUUGGUAAAAAAUCCAUCCUGCGAAUCUCUCUCGCAUGCAAUGUUUUGGUAAUGUUGUGCAUUAUUAUUUAUUAUUAUUUAUUUCUUAGCAGACGCCCUUAUCCAGGGCGACUUACAAUUGUUACAAGAUAUCACAUUAUACAUUAUUUCACAUUAUACAGAUAUCACAUUAUUUUUACAUACAAUUACCCAGUUAUACAGUUGGGUUUUUACUGGAGCAAUCUAGGUAAAGUACCUUGCUCAAGGGUACAACAGCAGUGUCCCCCACUGGGGAUUGAACCCACAUCCCUCCGGUCAAGAGUCCAGAGCCCUAACCACUACUCCACACUGCUGCCCUACUAAUCCUUGGCAGCCAUGGUCUUCCUCUAUCAGUCAGACUACACUUACCCAAUCAAUUGUCUCUUGGAAAAAUGUCCAUUACUUAAAGUCGCAUGAGCCAGUGUUCCUUGACAAGUUAAACUCUAAACUUUUUAUAACAUGCAAAUAUACAGAAGUAAUUAUGAAAUAAUAUGCUGGCUUUUAUUUUAAACGGUGUAGAAGCAGGAUUUGAUUUAAAACCUUCAUGUAAAUGUGCUUUAUUUUGCUCUUAUCUGCCCCCUAUUUUACUGCAUUUAAUACUGUACUUCAGAAUACUGUAAUCUGCCAAGUGUUUAAUCUGUAGUACUUUGUAUUUAAUCAUAUCCUGAUGUAACAAUCACUAUUUAAUCAUAUCCUGAUGUCACUAUCACUAUUAUCUGCUGUAUUAUUGAAUUGUGGUUUGUCACACUUGAACAAAAAUUAUUGUAUUUCUUGCUCUUAUUGUAUUACUUGUAUUGUAACACUUGAAAUGUAUUUGCUUACGAUUGUAAGUCGCCCUGGAUAAGGGCGUCUGCUAAGAAAUAAAUAAUAAUAAUAAUAAUAAUAAUAAUAAGAGCUAUA